AUUUGUCUUACAUAAGUUCAGGCCUCUUGAAAUAUUUGCCGCCCUUUGCCCAAGUGCCAUCUGCUCAUCGGGACCUGACAUAACAAUAUCUUGAUUAUUUUCAAGUGACGUCAGCUCUCCAGACUACAGAUCGGGGUCUCCCUCGUCUGUUGCUGGGGGGAGGUGAUAAAGUAUUGCAUGAUUUAUUGCCCUCUGUCAGAAAGGAGAUCAACAUGUCAUAUAUCUCUUGAUAGUACGUCGUCCAACACGAGACCCUCAAGACCUACUCAAAACGCCAAACCUAUACCUCGCUACAAUGGUCAAACUUCUAAGUAGCACGUGCAAAGUCUUAGGUAAAUGGAACAGUGAUCAUUAAAUAGAUGAGAGAGAAGUUUAAUGAAGACUUAAUGAUUCAUACAAGGAGAAGUCUGAUCUAUCGCCACCAAGAACCGAUCGUAAAGUGUAAACGUUAUCGACCAUGUCUUCCUACGAGUUCCCAUCCCUUGCCCGAAACAGCAGUGCUACACCAAUGAUGGGGGUCCUGCCCUACGUGGCCGACAAGACGGUCACCCGCCAUCUUGGUGGUGCAGGCGGGGCUCAUGCCAAGUCGUACUUCAACCCAGCCACCAACAGCGUCAACGCUCGCUACACCCAUUCCGACUGGUCCCUCUCCAACAACGUCAACUUCAGUAUGUCGGAUAAAGAGAGGGCCUUUGCCGAGCAGGUGCGCGCUGACGCCUGGCAGACUGUGAAGGAGACGGAUGCACAGACCAGGAACAGACAGACUGACGUCACCAAGAGGCUAGGGGAUCGUGUGUAUGACAUCGCCUUCUGGAAGACGGAACUGAAUAAUGAGAUCUGCGCCAUGGCCACCGAGACAGAGAACCUGAAGGAGUACAAACGCACCCUGGAGAAGGCCUUAGGUGACACCGCCAAUCCUCUGAACGUGGCCGAUGAGUGUCUCAUGCACAGGGAGAAGAGGCAUGGCAUUGACCUCGUCAAUGAUGAAGUGGAGAAGAGUCUCGUGAAGGAAGUUGACGUCAUCAGGAAGUGCCAGGCUAAAAUGAAGCAGGUCCUUGAGAAGGCUUUCAUCCAGAUCAAGAUGAACCGAUCUGCCCAGCACGCUAUGGAGAUCGACGCCAAGGACAAGCACCACGCCCAGAAUCUGGAUGACCGCAUGCAGCAGCUCAAGAAUAGUACAGGCGGCAUCGGCUACUACCCCGGCAUCGAGGCCAUCGACAACACAAUCACCCUCCCCGCGUCCUGGGCGCAGUACACCCAACAGAACAUCGCCCGCUCCCAGAGGGAGAGGGCGUCCUCAGAGAAACUCCGCGGUGCUAUUGACACCUGCCUCCGUGAGUGCGCCACCAAUAUGUGGAGCAACUUCAACACUGUGAACAACAACUUCAACACCCGAAUCCGAGAGUCAGAAGACGCUAGAAACAAACUGCAGGCUCACUUGCAGAGGACCAUGCAGGAGAUCUUCGACAUGGAGAAGAACAUCGAGCUGCUGAGGAAGGCAAUCAAGGACAAGGAGGCGCCGAUGAAGGUGUCCCAGAGUCGUCUUGACGAGCGAACCAGGAGGAUCAAUGUGGAACUCUGCAACGACCCCGUCAUGAUCUCACUGCAAAAUGAAGUGCGCGAGAUCCGUGAGUCUGUCCGCAUCCUGAAGGAGCGUCUCAAGGCCUCCGAGAUGUCUCUUGCUCGUCUCAUGAAGACCAAGGCCACUCUGGAACACGACAUCUCCGUCAAGGAGAACAGUCUCCGCAUCGACUCCCAGUGGUGUAUGGGAAUGAGGAAAGGGUUCCCUAUGGACCCCAAAGUUGGACCCAUAUUCCAGAUGCCAACAUGUUAGGGACUUGCAUCAGGACAAUGAUAAACCGACUCUAGUCAGUCAGCAUUCACUCACCUGAGUUUCAGUUAGCCUGUUCAUACAUCAGCAAGUACAUUGUAAAUUAUCACACGAGGUCUUUUGACCUUGGUAGUUGUACAUGUUUUCAAAUAAAAUCAUAUAAACUAA